AUGAAGGUCUCACUCGCUAUUUUGACGACGCUGUGCGCGUCUCUGGUGUCCGCUGGCGUUGUUAUCACACCCGUCAAGCCGAACCAGGUGAUAGAGGCCAACCCCGGCGAUUGCUUUUUCGGUGUUGUCACCCCCCAGGGCUGCGCAUCAUGA